AUGCCAAAAGUUGUAUCAAGAAGUAUUGUUUGCUCCGACACGAAAGAUCAAGAAGAGUAUAAUGAAACCAAACCUUUACAUAUCUAUUACUGUUUGUGCGGCCAGAUGUCUCUCAUAUUAGACUGUACGAUCGACAAAUUACCGUUAAGACCCUUCGACAGUGCAAGAGUCAUAGAUGGAUCGAAACACGCUCACAAAAUUACUUCAGACCCCGAUGAAACUGUUUAUUUAAGGCGAGAAAAAGGUAUCGAAAGACAAUACAGGCUUAAAUGUAAAAAAUGCGCUCUGCCUAUCUAUUAUAAACACGAUCAGGAGAGUAAUGUAGCCUUUAUAAUUGACGGAGCAUUAGUCCAGACUCCGGGAGAGGGAGGGGUCACUGAUAUAUAUAAACAAGUGGCUUUGACACAGCCUAAGAAGAUCAUGGUCACAAAACAUACUAAAAACAUGGGUAAGUUCAGUUCUGUGACUGUGUCGACUAUUGAUGAAGAGGAAGAUGAAAUUGAGGCCAGAGAAGUGGCUGACAGCUAUGCAAACAAUGCAAGAAUCAUAGAGAAGCAACUGGAAAGGAAAGGUAUGAAUAAACGUCAAGCUGAGACUCCAGCACACACUUUAGAAAAGAGGCCAAGAGGAACUUUAAUUGAUAAAUAAUUACACUGUAUAAAUCUCUAUUAAAUUAUAAAAUAAAUUAUU